AUGUCUGUGGUAACAUACGAAAAACCCCUACCCCAUAUCGGUUUGGCCGAUUGGUUUGCCAAACAAUGGAGCGCCCAACAAACCAACGAUGCUCGUAGGGCGGACGCUUUCAAAUUACGACAAGAAGCGCGACAACUUAGAAAUGAAGCAACUAUUAAAACAAAUUGGGACACUUAUCACAACAAUGUCAGACUAGGAGAUCGGAUUACAGAGCUAGAUAGAUGGAAGGAAACGUUAGAAGUAUGUCUCCAAAGAAUAGAAAAGGAAGUCGGAUUGCUUAAGGAUGAAAAAUACGAAACAGAAAAAGAGAUAGAUGGACUUGGGAUUCCAAUAAAUAUAAUUUCAGAAUGUAUAUUUGUCAGAGAUAAUAGGCAAGGGGCAGAGUUGACGUUCGAUGAAGGCGAAACAGAGCUGAAGAAGGAACUAUCUCUUUUGGAAAAUGUAAAAAAGCUGUUGAUAGAACGAUGCCAGGCAGCCUGGGAAAAACAUAACAAACUAAAUGAAGUUCGUUUCAAACUUAGCUUGGAGAUCAACAACAGACAUGAAUCUAUUGAAAUCGACAAACAUCAAUUGAGUUUGGAUAAAAAUUGUGCUGAUAUAAGCUUCCGAACGGAUCCAUUACGUAUUGUUAAAAACUCAUUGCCAAAUGAGUCUUGGCUAGAACAUAGUAGCUACCUAAACAGUUUAGCUGAAAACGAAUUAGCAGAAACUUUAAAAAUGCGCGAAGCUCUAUUUAUAGAUAGGGAACACGCUAAAAAUGAUAUCUCAGCGCAGCGUGAUAGAGUAGAUUUUAUUUUACUUGCCCUGCAACCAAAUGCUGAUGCACUAAAAUUGGUUGAAACUAGAUUGGAAAAUCGGUCCAAUCGUCCCGGCUUCGAGCUGUCCCGUGAUGAAGUUGAACAAGGAUUAAAAGAAGAAGUCUUACAACUCAGACAAACCAGAGAUGAUUUAAAAGACAAAAUUAACUGUGCCAGAGCUACUUAUAACGCUUUGGAAGAACAGCAAGUCCUGAUCGACAGGGAGUUGGACAGUAAAAAUCAAUCUUUGAAGACCGAUAUUCAAUGUCUGGACUUACGGGCUCAGUUGAGGAUAGGGAGUUUUGCUGCUCCGGAAACUGAGACUGAUAGGAAUAUACUGUUGACUAGGAUGGAGAAAGAAAUUCCGUCUACAACAUAA